UCGGCGUCAGAUCCGCAAGGCAUUUCGGGCUACUGGAGGCUGAUUCGCCCGAUAAUACAAACAAGCCGCCGGACAUAGUGGAACAUGCGAAAAGCCGCCUGCUUAUGAAUUAACAUAAAUUUAGCCUCCAUGAAUGCAUGCUUUUAUUAUUUCCUCACUCUUUUGGAAGUGGCAGUAUAUAAUUGCGCAUGAACUGGGAUAAAAUACCCAGUGACAAAUAGCUAAUCCUACAGUAGGAAACACACAGUUACACUCCAGUAUGGCGGACAGUAUGAUGAGUAAAGCAGCCACUAUGGAGAUUCCUAUUAGCAGUAAUGGGGACUCUAGGAAUCUGGCAGAAGAUGACAGUCUGGAGCAGUUAUGUUCUUCCCCGAUGUCUGUGCAGGAUGCAAAGAUUCAGUGGAGCUUAAGAGAGAAGGUAGGGAGUCCCGCAGGCCUCAGGGACUUACAGCAGGUCAUGGUGUCUGGGCCCAACCUAAAUGAGACCAGCAUUGUAUCAGGUGGUUAUGGAGGUACAACAGAAGGCAUCAUUCCGACCAGUUCCAUCAAAGGCCCUGCGGUCCAUCUUAACACUGACUUUUUGGGCAACAGACGCAUUCCAAAUGAAGGGCAAGGGUCCAACAUGCAUCACGGCGGUAGCAAUUCCUCCAUGACAGCAGAAGAGGCCACAAGAGGCGUUGCUGUGGAGAAAUUUGACAUUGUGAAGAAAUGGGGCCUGAACACAUACAAGUGCACCAAACAGAUGAUCUCGGAGAGGUUUGGCCGUGGCUCACGUACUGUGGAUUUGGAGCUGGAGGCUCAGAUCGAGGUUCUGCGGGAAACCAAACGGAAGUACGAGAACGUGCUGCAUUUGGCGCGAGCGCUAACCAACCACUUUUACAGCAUGGUGCAGACGCAGCACGCCCUCGGAGACACUUUUGCCGACCUCAGUCAGAAGUCUCCAGAACUUCGGGAUGAGUUCGGAUAUAAUGCAGAAACACAGAAGUUGUUGUGCAAGAAUGGAGAGACUCUGCUUGGUGCCAUCAACUUCUUUGUGUCCAGCAUCAACACACUAGUGAACAAAACAAUGGAAGACACAUUGAUGACUAUCAAGAUGUAUGAGAAUGCCAGACUAGAGUUUGAUGCGUACAGGGCAGAUCUGGAAGAGUUGAACAUGGGCCCACGGGACGCUGUUACUAUGGCUCGUAUCGAGGCUGCUCAGCAGCAGUACCAGAUCCACAAGGACAAAUAUGAACGUCUCCGCAGUGAUGUCAGCAUCAAGCUCAAGUUCCUGGAAGAAAACAAGGUCAAAGUGAUGCACAAGCAACUUCUGCUGUUCCAUAAUGCCAUCUCUGCCUACUUUGCUGGAAACCAGCAACAACUGGAACAGACCCUCAAGCAGUUCAACAUUAAACUCAAACCACCAGGGGCUGACAAACCUUCUUGGCUGGAAGAACAGUGAACGUGCCCGUUUACCCCUGCUUUCCUGUUAUGUCUUUAGCCACACAGAGCAACACAAUAGGACCACAAGAGACCAGCGUUAUGAGAUGCUAGCAGAGACAGGGGCUACAACAAAGCCUCCUUCACACUAACUCUCUCUAUAUUUCUCUUCCUUGAUUCUUCUUCUCCUCCUCAACCUGUUCUUGCUCUGAGACUGUUUUCAAGUGUCUGAAUAGUCACCUGUAGUAUAUAACCGGUCCUUAAGGCUCCAAUCAAAUGUCAAAGGUAUCAGUUUUGGCUUCAUCCCUAUAAAUAUCAUUAAAUCAACUGAAACAAUCUUUCUGAUAUAUCAGUCAGAACAGCUUUUGUUCCAGAUUUUGCUCAGUCUUACACACUCUCUCUGUCAGUGACAACAUCUUUAGGAACUUUUUCCUUUUGUUUUUCUGUGAAAAGCGUUUUAUUUUGCUACUACUGUCUUUCCCCUGUAUUGUAGAUUUGGUUUUGUAGCUAAUGGGGGAUGUAAAUUAUUCCUAUCACAGAGCUUUCAGUGUCAGUGGUUCUAACAAAAAGUAAUAUUAUUUUGAUAAAAUUCAGAUAUAGUUUUAUCUGAUAUUGGUAUUGCAUCCUUGUAUGUUUGAAUGUUUACUAGGCCAUGAGGGUACCGAGUCAAUCCUUGUCCAGUUGUCUCUCUUUAAAAUACUUUAAAUACAUGAAAUACUACAUUUAUUAUCUUAAAACGAGUUACUCAUUUUAAGUUAUUUAACCUCAAAUUAAUAAUACUGAAAAAUGUUAUGGACUGAAUCUCAUCAGAUGUAGGUACAGUUUCCUGCACGUUUUAACAAAGUUCCGGAACAUGAAAUCUAAAAUCACUGUCUUUACUCAAUAUUGUUAAUUUACAGCUUUGAAUUUAUGAAGCAUGGUUGUUUUCUCUAAGGGAGAGGAGUGUUUUCUUUUCUUUUCUGUUUUUUUUUUUUUUUUUUUUUUUGCAGUUUGUUUUUUUGACAAUUAUAGUUUAUAGUCAUAUUAUGUACCAAUGCAUAAUGCCGUAGAAUGUUUGUAGGUUUAUUAUGUUUAUUUUUAAGUUAAUAAUCAUAAGUUAAUCAAGGAAGUGUAUGUAUGAGUUGCAUUUGAUUGUUUAAAGAUGGGCCAGUUAUUGAGGCCCAAUGUUAUCUGCCUCUUUAUCCACCAAAAUGUGCACUAGAGUUCAUGUCUUGACCUGUGUUCUGUUAACAUAAGCGAAGCCCUAAUAUUGUGCAUUCAAAUUGCAAUUGGUUCUGAUGCACCGUGUUAAAUGCCUUUAUUUGCCUUGGUUAAUAAAAAGGCAAUUUUCCCCAAUGAAA